UCCUUCUCGCCGUCGAUAGCUGCGAGGAAGAAGAGGGUUGCGACAACACCAUGUCGUCGUCGUCGGCGGCGGCGGCGGCGGCAGCGCCUCUGUUGCUCAUGGCGCUGCUGCUCUCAUGCACCACCAUGGGCAGCGCGGCGAGGCACCUCGGCGAGAAGGCGCCGCACCCCGCUGCAGUGCCGGAGCUGCCGAAACACGAGCUGCCGCCGCACCCCACCGUGCCGGAGCUUCCCAAGCCUGAGCUGCCGCCUCACCCCACCGUACCGGAGCUUCCCAAGCCGGAGCUGCCUCACCCCGUCGUGCCGGAGCUGCCCAAGAUGCCGGAGCUGCCGCACCCCGCCGUGCCGGAGCUGCCGCACCCAGCCGUGCCCGAGGUGCCAAACUACGAGCUGCCACCGCUGCCCAAGCCGGAGCUGUCGCACCCCGUCGUGCCUGAGCUGCCAAAGCCCGAGUUGCCGGAGAUCCCGCACCCCGUCGUGUCCGAGAUGCCGCACCCGCCCGUGCCGGAGUUCCCAAAGCACGGGCUGCCACCAUUGCCCAAGGCCGAGCUGCCGCCGGAGCCGGAGGCCAAGCAGCCAUGAUCGUCGCC